GGGAGUCGGGGCAUGCGCAGUCCGGGUUGGUGGGAGCGGCAGAGGGCUCGCGCAGGGACCGUUGGAAAAUUCAAACGGUCGGAGACGGCAAACAGCGCCCGCGACACUCGCUCGGAGUGAGGGCUGGCCGGCUGCAGCAAGAAACUGCUCAAAUACCGCGAAAAUGGCAGCCGCACCAAAGGCUAACAACGAGGACGCUGGUCUUAACGGCUCCUGGGUGGAAUUACCGUUGAAAAACAAUGGCAAUGAUAAUGGCGCCAGCUGCACUGGGGGACUGGAGCACGUGCCCUCAUCUUCCUCCAUUCACAAUGGAGACAUGGAAAAAAUACUUCUGGAUGCUCAGCACGAAUCGGGUCAGAGCAGUUCUCGAGGAAGCUCCCACUGUGAUAGCCAGUCUCGCCCCCAGACACCUCAGAUGGCUCAACCAGUGUUCGACUUAGAACUGCAGAGGAGCAAAGACAGUAGCUCUCAGUCUGAAGAUGAUUGUUUGGAAAGAGACCAAGAGGUCGAAAUCAUGAUCAAGAGGAGUGCCGAAUGGAUAUCUGACUGGUCAAGUAGACCUGAAAAUGUUCCACCCAAGAUCUACAUUGGAAAAAGACUGACCACUUCAUCAUCAAGCACAUUCUGAGAUCCAGAGUUAGAAUUCAACAUGGCCUGUGAAAUUGUGUGGCUGCUCCAUCAGUACAUUAGAAUUGGAGGAACAAAGAAACCUACCACAAGCACAAGACAUCCUAUUGUAUUAGAUUUUCCCUUCAAAGGAACUGCUUGGCCACCUGAGCACGACCUUGGCCGAACAUUGUUUUGUCUGAACUUGGACUUCUUGACCUCAGUGUACCAUGUGACAGCAGCUGAAUAUGUUUCAAUUAAUACUUGGCUUAACCAGCAAACACUCACAUGCGAGGAGCAGUCCCACUAGUUGGAUCAGAUAAUCACAUGGCAAAAUCUAUGCAGUUAAGACAAGAUACCGGUGGGGAUCAGUAUUCAGUCUUAUUAAAUCAACAAAGCUGUAGUACGCAAUGGAGUCUUCUGUUUGCGAUUCAGUCUCUCUGGCAAGAGCAAAGCAUUUAAUCUGAGAUCAACAGAGCUGAAAUAACACACGGCUGUUUGGAACAGUGACAUUUCUUUUUAGAUUGUAAAAAUAAACAUUAUUUGGUUCUUAAUCUUUAAUUAAAUCUGACUUUCCCUCCA